AUACUGCCUGCACCAACACAGCUAGCGCCAUGCUAUACCCAUGCUACUUGGUACAUAAAAACAAUGAUAGCAUUGAUAUCUCGGCUAACUACAAAUGAACGAUACUGUGGCGUUUCGGCAGCAUAAUUCACCUGGGGGGAGAAUUGACGUCUGAUUGUCGAUGAUAGAUUAUGUUGAUACCAUAGGAUUCUGGGUAAUCCAAUGAUUUCUAGCCCUGAAUUCAAAAUGGCUGAGGAGACAAUUUAUCUGUGUAAUUUCCGUGUUUCCGUGGAUGGAGAAUGGCUGUGUCUGCGGGAACUCACCGAUGUUCAGUUGGACAUGGCAUCUCUCAUGCCGAUGAAUUCCCCUGAAGAGGUCGAAGAUGGUCGAGACCCCAUCACAAUCGAGAGAUGCAACCUGCUCAAUAUGGCCAAACUAAUAAUCAAAGAGUUGAUUGACUCGUCAUUAUCCCACGGCCGCAUGCUGGACGAUGACCAUGUACCGCUCCAGCAGUUCUUUGUCGUUUUGGAACACGUGCUCAUUCAUAGGUUAAAACCGAAAAAAGGAAUUCUACGAGACAAAAAGGAGUUCUUUGCAGUGCUAGAGCAAGUUGAGAAGUAUCUCCCAGAGGCUGCCGAUAUAACCACAAGUGUUAGAGAUAUGCCAAGUAUAAAAACGCCAUUAGGCAGAGGGCGGGCCUGGCUAAGGCUUGCGUUGAUGCAGAAAAAGUUAGCUGAUUACUUCAGAUUACUGAUUGAUAGAAAAGAGGAAACGUUAGCGGAUUGCUAUGAACCUGGUGCUAUAAUGUUAGAGGAGGAGGGGAUGGUGAUCUCCGGCCUUCUCGUCGGACUCAAUGUGAUAGACUGCAACAUGUGUAUAAAAGAGGAGGAUUUAGAUCAACCUAUGGGUGUAAUUGACUUUAGUUUAUAUCUUCGGGAUCAACGCAAUCAGUUCUCUGACCAACUCUCCCCUCAGUCACCAGACAUGGAAAGUGCUGAAGGGCAUGCAAAUGCAAAAAUGGCUGCUAUUUUAGACCAGAAAAACUAUUUAGAAGAGUUGAACCGACAUUUGAAUGCAACAGUGACCAACCUGCAACAGAAGCUUGAAACCUUCCAGACAACCAAUGCCCUGAUGAAAGAAGACCUCGCCAUUUCAAAAAACACCAUAUUAACGCUGCAAGAGGACAACACGCAACUUCAAGUAGAGAAAGAAAGUCUGCUUGAUGCCCAUCAGCGACAAAUAGAGUAUAAUAAAAUGGAUAAGAAGCUGACAAAAGAAGAUAUAGAAAUCGAGAGGGGGACUUACCAGUCUGCCAGAACUGGCCUAGAUUCCAUGUUUGCUGAUGCACAGAAAAAAUUGAAUGAUGAAACACAAAUAAGACUGGAUGUCGAAAAAGAACUUCAACUUCAAAUUAGUAUGAAACAAGAAAUAGAGAUGGCACUGCGAUUGCUGGAAAAAGAUAUUCACGAAAAGCAAGACACGGUUGUUUCAUUACGAAAACAACUUGAAGAAAUUAAAGAGAUAAAUUUAGAGAUGUACAACAAGUUACAGGCCAGUGAGAGCUCCCUACAGCAUAAGACACAACUUGUUGCAAAGUUGGAAGAAAAGGUCAACCAAAUGUCUGCGAUGAUGAAGGAUUUAGAAGCUCGACUUAAACAGUGUAAUAUAGAAAAAACGGCAGCCGAAGAAACCGCCCGAAAACUUGGUCAGAAUUUGGCUGAAAAAGAUAUUAGACGUUCGGCAGUCGAAACUGAUCUAAAAAUCGAAAGAGAGUGGCGGGCAGCGUUACAGAGUAACUUGGAACAGGAAAAGGAAAUUGUUGCUCAGCUAAGCGCAGAAAUAAACAAGUUAAGAAAUACUAGUAAAGAUUAUGAACAAUUAAAGGGAUCGCAUCAAUUCCUGCAAAAGACAUGUGAUGACCAAGAGAAAGCACUGGCCGAGUUAGGAUCACAUCUCAGCGAUUCCAAAUUGAAGAUGGAAGACCUCAUGGAAGCUCAACAAGCGAUCAAAGAAGCCUCUUGGGCUGAUGACAGAGAGGUUGCCAAUUGUAAACAAUGUCAGAAACCAUUCUCUGUCGCCAGGAGAAAGCAUCACUGCCGAAACUGUGGCGAUAUCUACUGCAACGAGUGUUCGGACAACAAGAUGCCUCUUCCUUCCUCCUCCAAGCCCGUACGCGUCUGUGACAACUGUAACACGCAACUUCUCCAGCGAUAUUCGGCCAAGUAGUGAAACGGGCAGUUUGGUGCACCAGAAUGACAUUGCCAAAAUCACUUUUCAAACUUCCGUUAAAAGCGGACUUGUGAAGAAGAUUUGUACUUCUGUAAACCUGACCGUGUUGAGUGGCCGCUUGCUGUUAGCCGCCUGAGCUUUUUGCCAGUGACAUAAAAUGUGGUUGCAGAAUGUCAUCUUCACAGGUCUGUUUCUAGGAGUAUUGUAUCAUUCACAAUCUUAAUUUCAUUCCAUUCCUGAAUCAGUCAACCACCAUACCAGAAAAGGCGGAAAAAACAUUGAAACCAAAAGGUUGGAGCGUCAACUAGUACCUUAUGAGUUCUGUAAACAACAUUAGGCAAUUUUUAAUGUAAGGUAGGAGGAAACUAGAGACCUUGUAUAAAGCCUACACUGUUCCUCUAAUCAAGUAGCCAUAGGCCUACUCAUUUACUUGAAUUGGGGCCCUGUCUUGAGCUUCUCUGUGUGUUUACAAGAAGCUUUUUAAACUAUUAGAUUGCUUUUAAGUGAAGCCAAACUGAUCAAUAUUUUAUCAAAUUCAGCCAAUCAUAUUCAUGUACAGUGUAUUCCAGUCAUUGCUAUACAACAUAUAUAUAUACGCAGAUCUAUUUUUUAGUAGAGAAUGAAAAGCUUAACCAAUAUUAAGGUGGACCAGAUCAUACCACAGCCAAAUUAUCUCGACAUGUUUAAAGGCGAGAGCGGGAUUUCUUUGACCGAUGAGGUCACCCUAAACAGCAUACAUCAGCAUCCAGUAAGGUUAAAAGUCACCAGAAUAUUAAAACGUUUGUAAUUCUAGACACCUGGUCCCAUAUCUUCCUCGCAAAUGUCAGGAAAUGUAUAAAAUGGCCUGCUUAUUUCUUUUAUGCAAUUAAAUUUUAUUUUGUUGACUUCAAACCUUAUUGAGUGCUGGUGGACUCUGGUGAACGCUAGUUGACGCUGUUUAGGAUGACCUCAGCCAAUGACGAUGAACAAUGGAGUUGGCAUUUGCGCUUCAGGGUCUUUGGGAAAACACCGUAUCAAUGAGGUCUGUAUAUAUAGAUAGAUCGAAAUUACCAUGUGAAGUUUAGAAUCAAAAAUUCCAAUGAUGUUGUUCUACUGUUAUCUGAAGCUGCCAUAUGUGAAUAAACAUUUAGUAUAGUUAGUGAAUUACUGCUUGAUAUAAAGGCGUUGGUGACCCGCCAAAUAAAAAAGCCAGUUGGGACAAAAUUGUCAGUUUUGAGUCGAUGGGAGACGGUGAAGCCAUUGGGUUUGUAUGUGCACAGGCUUUAUAGUUCAGUGCGAGACUCGCCAUGGGGCGGAGAAAUUUGUUUGAGUUUGAGAAUCAGAUAUUCUGACUAAAUCAUGCUGCCAUUCAGCAAAAAUCCUCUGAAAUUAAGUUAUUGCACCUGUUUUGAGAAUUUUAUAUCAGUGUUAUCUACAAAAGCUGUAGAAAACCAAAGUAUUUUCAUGGUGUAUAUGAUGCUAACUAACAUCACCUCUGGUGCAAACACUGUAGACUCCUUUGCACAGAUCUUUCUUUCUGUACAGUUGUAGCUUUUAUUAUGGCAGGUCCUGAUAUGAUAUAUACUUCUAUCAAAACCUGGGUGCCAAACAAAAAGGUUCAAAGUCAGGUGAAAUAAAUGGGGCAUAGGAGAGUGUGUCAAAUCAUUGAGUCAGAAUUCUGCGGAAUUCAGGAGCAAUAGACCUUCUGCCAAACAUUUUGUCCACCUUGAUUCUAAUUGAUAUUUGAAUCAUCUUAUGAAGAAUAUCAGCCUAUCUUUAUCUCAUGCUCCAUCGCCUAAAAGUUUUCGCCCAGGUUGGUAACCAGGACCUGUUAAAGAGAAAGUAUAGGCAUGAGUCAGGUCAGAUUAAGUUACACGUAUUUGACAAUAGGGGUCUCUCCUAUCUCACAGUAGUCAAAACCAGUCAUGUUUGUAGUAGUAUUAUAUUUAUUGUCGAGUCAAACAUGACCCAGUCCCCUAAUUGUGCAUAUUGGUCAACUGAAGAACAUCAAUUUGGCAACAGCUCCUGCCUACAGUCUCCCCAUAAUUUGUGUAAUUUAUAAAUAUGUGUAUAUAGUCGGAGGUAUUGGAUGCUUCUGUUGUAAAUCUCUGUCAAAAUAUGAUCAAUGAUGACUAAAAGAUUAAAUCAAUGUACAAAA